AUGUGGCAGCUAGCCUCCAGAGGCCUAACCCGACGAGCUGCUCCUGCUCAGUCGGGACUAUUCUCAGGCCUCAAUCCAUCGGUAUACAAUGCUACGGACCCCCUGCCUCUGUGGGUCAUUCAGAUUAUUGUUAUUAUCGGAAUGACCCAGCUGCUCGCGCUCGUCUUUUCACGCAUCCAUCAGCCCAAGGUUAUCGCAGAGGUUAUUGGUGGCGUGCUUUUGGGACCGUCCGUCAUGGGCCGCAUUCCAAACUUCACCAACACCAUCUUUCCAUCUGCCUCAAUGCCUGUGCUUACGCUCACAUCUGACAUCGGUCUUAUCUUGUUCCUCUUCCUUGUCGGUCUCGAGAUAGAUGUCCGAGUGAUAAAACGAAACGCGAGGGCCUCUUUGAGUAUCUCCAUCGCUGGCUUGGUGCUACCCCUCGGACUUGGUGCUGCGCUCGCGGUUCCGAUUUACAACGUCUUCACCGAUCCCAAAGUCAACUUUGGGUAUUUCGUGUUAUUCGUGGCCGUCGCGGUCGGGAUCACGGCUUUUCCUGUUCUCUGUCGUAUUCUCACAGAGCUGAAGCUCCUCGAUACCACAGUAGGAGUGGUUGUCCUUGCUGCUGGCGUUGGCAAUGAUGUUGUUGGCUGGAUUCUUUUGGCUUUGACUGUGGCCCUGGUCAACGCCGGCAGUGGGCUUACCGCUCUCUGGGUCCUCCUCACUGCUAUUGGAUACAUCCUGUUCCUCACGAUUCCUGUGCGAUUGGCGUUCCGCUGGAUAGCGAGACGCACGGGGAGUUUGGAGACCGGCCAACCCACUACAUUGAUGAUGACUCUGACUCUUGUGAUUGUGUUCGUUUCUGCAUUCUUCACUGAUAUUAUCGGUAUCCAUCCGAUUUUCGGUGGGUUCCUGUCCGGUCUAAUUAUUCCCCACGACAAUGGGUUUGCUAUCGCCCUUGUCGAGAAGCUCGAAGACCUUGUCACCGUCCUUUUCCUACCGAUUUACUUCAUUCUAUCUGGUCUACGUACCAAUCUUGGUUUGCUCAAUAACGGGAUAACAUGGGGAUACACCAUCCUCAUCUGCGUUGUCUCUUUCUUUGCUAAGUUCCUUGGCUCUUCAAUCGCUGCGAAGCUCUGUGGCUUCAAUGUUCGCGAAGCGGGUGCCGUCGGUGCAUUGAUGAGUUGCAAGGGUCUGGUUGAACUCAUCGCCCUGAAUGUUGGCCUGCAAGCUGGAAUUCUGGACACGCGAACGUUUUCCAUGUUCGUCUUGCACGCGCUCGUGCUUACUUUCAUGACCACCCCUCUCGUCCUAUUCUUUUACCCUGCGAAGUACCGCGUGCAUGCCGACACUGUGCGAAGACUAUCAGUUGGCUCGACUGGUGCAUCGUCAGAAGAUGGCGUGAAGAGCCUGGCGGCGACGGGAGACAUCUUCAAGACUCGAUUCACGGUCGUCUUGGAUAGGAUAGAGCAGCUCCCGGCAAUCAUGACUCUCACACAGCUGCUCCAGUACCCAUCUGACAGUCCAUCUGUUGAGAUAUCCAAAGAUUCAGAUGCUUACCAGAUAUCAGCGCAGCCCCAGACGCCGAGUGCCGCUCUCACACCCGCGCUUCCGCAGCAUCGCCUCUCCGUUGAUGCCCUGCGCCUCGUCGAGUUGACAGAUCGAACGUCCACCGUUCUCAAAUCGCAGGCAGUUGAAACGUUGAUGCGCAAGGAUCCCAUCCUCCGCGUUUUCCGUACGUUUGGCCACCUCCGCCGCCUAGCGGUCUCGACUACUCUGUCAGUCGUGGGUUGGGAGGAUUAUCCCUCUCAUGUGGCAGAACAUGUCCGUCAGACCGCCUCGCAGAUGGUCGUGAUUCCGUGGAGCAGCGGGCCAUCCUCGGACGAGGAAACCCCGAAGAGCAACGCCGCUGGGCCGUCUACUCGCACGGCAAGCCCAGUCGAGGGGCUCUUCUCCACUCAAGGCGAGCAGACACUGACAGCCGCGCAUUCGCAGUUCAUCCGCCAGGUGUUCCAAGAGACUCCAUCAGAUGUUGCGCUCUUUGUCGACCGCGGCGUGCAGGAAUUGGAUGACGGCCAGGAGGACUAUCAUGUCUUCCUUCCGUUCUUUGGAGGUCCAGAUGAUCGUCUGGCUUUGUCGUUCGUGGUGCAGCUGUGCAUGAACUCUACCGUGAGCGCGACGAUUGUCCGAUUCCGGAGGACGGCAUCGAACGACCUUACGCCGUGCAGCACGACAGAGUCGGACGUCAAGCUUAAAGAUGAGCUGAUUUCGGCCAAUAUCCCUACCCUUCACUAUACAACAUUACGUGAUACUGUGUACGGCAUACGGCAUACCCAGAUGCGCCUUGAAUCCGAUACAGCAGAUGAUCUCUUGUGGGCGCAGUACACUUCCCCCAGUGAGCCCGAGAUUGCGGACGCACUCUCGCGCAUUUCUUUCCGAGAGGAAUUCCACUCUAAGCCCCUGAACGCGGUUCUGGACAGCGCAUCCGCCGCCGUCGCGCAGCACGACGACCACGCGAGACUUAUCGUUGUCGUCGGCCGCUCGCGGCUCAUGGCGGUGGAGUCGCACGACGCGGAGCUGCGGGAGCUGUGUGCGGCGCGCGGUGCGUCGCUCGGGUCGGAAAUGCCGAAGACUCUGGGGCCCGUCGCUGCGGCGUUCGUCGCGGCUAACACGAAUAGCAGCUUGCUCGUGCUACAGGCGUGCCGGUGA